GGAUCACGUGACACGUCAGCUGACUAGUUCUCAAAACCCUAUUACUCUUUAGCGCAAACAACAGUGACCACAACAGACAACCCGCUGCCGCAGAGUAAGCAGAAGGAGUAUUCUGCCUCAUUUCCUUCACUGUUAACGGAGGUUUUAAAGGGGACCUUCUAGAACCUUCUAACUUGUCUGUGUUCGCCGCUCUCGGGCCCCACGACGAAGACGACCCAGGUUUCCGGUUAUUUUUGAGACGCUGCCGCAGCAUCGGAUAACCGCCUCUCUGAGAACACCUGCUGGCCGGACAAUGAAGGUCUCCACUCUGCAGACGUUGUCCUGCACUGCGGUGCUGCUGCUCCUGCCCCUGUUAACCAGCUGCCACCCGGCCACGGCUCCUCAGAGCUCAGACCAGUCCAGCCUGGUGCUCAUACAGCUGAACAACCCCGCUCUGCUCGGCUACAACUGGAAAAACGUCAGCUGUCAUCUGUGCAAAGCCCUCUUCACCAUCCUGGAUGUUGCACUUCUGAGUAAUGUUAAUGAAGAGCGAGUGGCCCAGGCUGUGGGAGAGGCAUGCAUCCGUCUCCAUCUGGCUGAGGAAGAAAUUUGCAGGGAAAUAACAGAGCUGUUUAGGGACGACUUCAUCCGGGCUCUGCAGGAGUCAGUGUUGUGGCCAACUGAAGCGUGUGCCAUUCUGGUGGGCCCUGCCUGUGGCAAAUUUGACAUAUACGCCCCCUGGAACCUCACCCUACCAAAGGUCCCAAAGCCCCCGGUGACACCACCUUCUCCCCCCAAACCAGGUUCUCCACAGAGCAGGGUCCUGUUUUUGACUGAUGUUCACUGGGACAAAGAGUAUGAAACCGGCAGCCCUGCAGACUGUAGAGAUCCUCUGUGUUGUCGGAAAGACCUGAACACCCAUCGCUGGGGGAGGCGACAGGCUGGGUACUGGGGAACCUACAGUAAGUGUGACCUUCCUCUGCGCACAGUGGAAAACCUUCUGGAAAAUGCUGCCAAAGCUGGGCCCUGGGACUGGGUCUACUGGACCGGAGAUAUACCAGCGCAUAACGUCUGGUCCCAGACCAGGAAACAACAGCUGACUGAGCUCAGGGUCAUCUCCAAACUCAUUCAAAAACACCUGGGAGCUAAUGUGACGGUUUAUCCUGCUGUGGGCAACCAUGAGAGUACACCAGUCAACAGUUUCCCUCCACCUUUUGUUCAUGGAAACAGAUCCUCCUCGUGGCUCUACGACACCAUGGCACAGGAGUGGUCAGUGUGGUUACCGGAGGAGGCUUUAAAGACACUGAGAUACGGGGGGUUCUACUCAGUGGAGGUUGAGCCUGGUCUGAGGCUGGUCUCUCUCAAUAUGAACUUUUGUGCUCGAGAAAACUUCUGGCUGAUGGUGAACUCCACUGACCCUGCUAACCAGCUGCAGUGGCUCGUCCAUGUUCUUCAGGCCAGUGAGGACAAGGGGGAGAAGGUACACAUCAUUGGUCACAUCCCUCCUGGAUUGUGUCUUGGCAGCUGGAGCUGGAACUACUACCACAUUGUCAACAGAUAUGAAAGCACAAUUACUGGGCAGUUUUUUGGUCAUACACAUCUGGAUGAGUUUGAAAUGUUUUAUGAUGAAGCCACCAUGACCCGCCCACUGGGAGUGGCUUUCAUCGCUCCUAGUGUAACUAGUUAUAUUGCGCUUAACCCAGGAUACCGUGUUUAUUAUGUUGAUGGGAACUAUCAGGGCAGCUCACGGCUAGUGCUCGACCAUGAAACCUAUAUCCUCAACCUCACCACGGCCAACUCCAGUCCAGGAAGUGUACCAGUUAGUCCAGAUCCAAACCCAAAAUGGACUCUUCUGUACCGAGCCACUGAGGCCUACGGAGUUUCUACUCUGUUCCCCUCAGAUUACCACGCACUGAUGAAGACAUUUAUUAGGGACGAUAAGGUUUUCCAAAAGUAUUGGUACUUAAGGCACAAAGGACAUGUCUCAAAACCGUGUAUGGAGACCUGCAAGACCACCAUACUUUGCACAUUGCAAAGCGGGCGUUCAGACGAGCUGGUGAAAUGUGAUCUCCUCAAUGGUUUUGGAGGAGAUCUGGCCAAAGCUGCCAGGAGAACCCUAUGUUGAGGUCACAACAUUUAAUGCUUGAAUAGAGGAAAAAAAGAGACCAAAUGUCUAAAGCCUGGGGUUGUGGCCUUUACAGUGUCUGUUGUGUAAGAACAAAAUUGUGUGUAGAAUGAUCCAUUUGCUGCUGCGUGCUUUGUGUAAGGGUCAGUAAUUCUGAUGAACCCGAUUCAUUCAGUGUUACUGUGCUGUUUUAUCAGUAUUACAUAAGUAAAGGUGAUCAUGAUAGAUUAUUACAAAAUUCGGUUUAUCAUUCCAUUUUGAAUAUUUGGACUUGUUUAAAAUCUUCCUCAUAAUGGUGAUUUAUGUGACUAUGUUGUGAUCAACAUAAAUGAGAAUCAGCACUUUACGUCUGCACUUUCUUUCAGUUCAAUUCUUUUGUUGAAGAUUAGUGAGACCAAGUCAGUUAGAUCCAAGGUGUGGCAUGUAUGUUGUGAGCUUCUCAGGUCUUGAUCUGCAUUAUGUGACUGUUGGGGUAGCUUGAUUAUGACAGGAAGUCUCACAAAUGAUCCACAGGAUGAUGGGGAAGGUUGCACAAUGUGUUCAAGAAAUCCUCAGGUUCUCUUAUGUCACAAGUGAAUCUGAUUUGUCUGUGAAGAUGAUAGGAACCAGUGGUGGUCUAGAGUAGUCUCUGGUAAAAACCUAGCUGAGCUACUGAACUACUAAAGCAUGUCUGGUGUUUUUCACACCAGAAGUAACCGGAUGUCAUUUGGUCUGGUGUGAGCAGUGUUCCUCCUGUCUGUUACAGUAAGGCAUCAGUCCUGUUGCAGGUUAAAGACCCUGGCAUAGACAUGUAAAGUCCACAGCUGCAUGACUCUGCUUGGUCCCACAGCUGUGCGGACUGUGGAAGGCACCUCCUUACAGUAUAUAGGCUACCAGUAAUGCUACCUAAUCUCCCUCAGUAGUUAGGUAGAAAAUGAAUUCUUAAUAAAACAAUUUGCCCCGAGGAUGAUAAGAGUAAAAUUCCUGUGACCUCAAACCCAUUAAAAUCCUUCAGGUUGUCUUUUUUUGUGCAUCUCUUGUGGAACUGUCAUCACUUUGAUCUGCACCAAACUCAGGUUCAGAUGAUUUACCAUCACUUACACUUUUCUAACCUGAAAUGAGUCUCUGAAACGGUGAAGCAUAAUUGUUCUUUUAAUUUUUUUGAAAUGCUUUUUGAGGUGUUUGUGUGGACUUUUAUCAUACAAAAUAAAAGUAUUUGGAGUUUAA